CGAUUUCAACCUUGCAGUUCUUCAUCAUCAUCAUCUUUUUUUUUUUUUUCUUUCCUUGUAACUUUUUUAAUACGGGACUCGUUAUUUUUGAAUGGCAUCCAACUUGCUUUCUUUUCUUCGUCCUUCUUCUUCGUCUGCCCCCCAAGAGCCAGGCGAUCUUGCCCAUUCGACAAACAACAGCACCAGAGUAGACUCACCUCUCCACCACAAGCACACUCCUCACACGGUUCCUUUACCAGAGGAUUCUUAUUCUUCUUCUUCUUCUUCUUUGACGCCUUCCCCCUCGGAUUCCCCGUCCUCGUCUUCUUCUUCUUCGUCCGUCUCAAACUCGACCACUCCUUCUCCAAAACACAAGGACGACGAGGACAAGAGCUGGUUUUCACACAUUUUAUCCUCCCUCUCCCUCUCGACUCACAGUUCGUCACGUCAAGCACCUUCAUCGUCAACGACAACAACAACGACAAAGACAAGGCGGAAAAAGAAACGCUCCUCUCUACUAGACUCUGAACUCGUAAAGAAGGCACUGCCAAAAGAGAUGGACUCUGAGCUCGCUAGACCCCCAAAAGACAUUGAUGAACGACACGUUAAACAGACUCGCAAGGAACAAUCGCGCAAGGAACGGCAAAAAGGGAUCCGCUGGGAUGAAACUAGCGUCGUGGAAAAGACUGCUGAAGUUCGAGACUAUGUUCAUGUCGCCAGCAAGGCGGAUUGGGAAAAGCCCGUUGUGGCCGCUUAUCCUUACAUGAAUCGCUAUCGGCUUGUAGAUAAAAUGGGAGAGGGCGCAUUUAGUAUCGUGUACAAAGCAAUUGAUACCAAAACAAAUUAUUUGGUCGCACUCAAACUCGUUGCCAAACAUCAGUUGAAUGAGCAGCAGCGCAACAAUGUCCUCCGUGAAACAUCCCUCCUUCGCCGUCUCUCCCAUCCAAACAUUAUCCGCCUUGUCGACUUUCACGAAACCCCCCUCCACUACGCCCUCGUCCUCGAACUCGCAUCCGGGGGCGAAAUCUUUCAUCAACUCGUCAGCCAAGUCUGCUUUAGCGAAUCCAUCUGCAGACACAUUGUGAAACAAGUCGGUGACGCCCUCCGGUACCUCCACCAAGAACGCGGCGUCGUGCACCGGGACAUUAAAUUGGAAAACCUCCUUUUUGAACCCAUACCACCCAACCCCAUCCGCACGAUCCGCAAAACGGGAGAUGAACAUGUACAAGACGAUUAUGUCCCCGGUAUAGGCGGCGCCGGAAUCGGACUCGUCAAAAUCGCCGAUUUCGGUCUCUCCAAAGUUGUAUUCGACGCCACGACCAAAACGCCUUGCGGAACCGUUGGGUACACUGCCCCCGAAAUCCUCCGCGAUCAACGUUACUCCAAGGGUGUUGACAUGUGGGCCCUCGGCUGCGUGUUAUACACCCUCCUCUCUGGCUUUCCCCCGUUCUUUGACGACGAUCCUCGAGGCCUUACUGAAAAAGUCGCGAAUGGCCAAUUCGCAUUCCUAUCCCCUUGGUGGGACGACAUUUCCGCCGAAGCCAAGGACGUGAUUUGCCACCUCCUCGAAGUGGACCCCGCCAAGCGCUACACGAUUGACCAAUUCCUUGCUCAUCCAUGGAUGAAAGGCGAAACCUUUUCCCACCCUUCUAAACGCACAUAUCCUUCCUGGCCGGCCCUACCGACCCUUCAUACACCCCCUACAGCCGCCCCCGCCGCGUCCCCGCCCACACCCUACCACCGCAUCAAAACCCCCCAUCCCAUCCCGGACGGUAUUACAAAGGAAAUGCUGGGCGCUCCGUUUGCAGUCUAUCAAUCCAUUGCCGAGGGGGAAACGGUACCGGAACCCAUUGGAACAGUCCGAGGAGGCGUCGUUCCUUAUUCACCUGCUCCACAGAAACGACAUACUGCUGUGGGUGAACCUAGGAAAAAGGGGGUGUUUGAAUUAGAUUUGGAGCAUAGUAGGUUGUUUAUGAGGCGGAAAGCUCAUGCUUAGAUUCAUCUACCGACAUUUUGAAAAACUCGUUCAACGUUCUACCCGAAUCGGUGCACUUACGAUCGGAAUGGAUAUUGGGGGUACAAUGAGUGUGUCCCUCUCUCCGCAGCCCAACAAAAUGAAAAUGUACAAAAAAGAAAAUCUAGGGUUGUUUUUGGAUUAUUGAAGACUCAAUCGUAUAGGUUACAUCUACGCGAAUGGGAAAAUGGAAGUCGGGACUUGUUUGUGCUGUGGGAGAGGGAGGAUGGGAUGUUUUGUAAUUUGUAAAGAAACACAAAAAAAUGGUUGUGUGUACAAUAUAUUGGUUUUUUUUUGAACUUUUUGGGAUAUGUAGG